AUGAUGGGCAAGAAGGCGAUUCCCAUUCCCUCAAAAGCCGACCUCGUCGACUACGGUCACACCGUCGCUGGACAUGCAGGAACCAUGUGCGACGAGUCCGGUGAACUCUUCAUCAAGCCCUGCACCCUGGCCGAGGUCGACUUCUACAGCUCUGCCAACGAGAGCCACCCCGAUUUCGCCGAAUUGAUGCCCUUGUACAUGGGCACCCUCCAGCUCAACGACUCCGCAGAACUCAGUUCUAUCGAGGAUGGCGUCGCAGGCCCUGUCGCGACAACGGCUGCCAAGGAGGAGCUGACCCAAGCCGUGACCGGCGAGCCUCCCGCCGACCAAGAAAAGGGCCAGUGGGUGCAGAACAAGUCCAAGAAGAUCAAGACGGACCAGGCCGUAGUCCUCGAGAACUCGGGCGCCGGCUUCACCAAGCCCAACAUCCUCGACGUCAAGCUCGGCGUGCGCCUCUGGGCCGACGAUGCCCCCGCCGAGAAGAAGAAGCGCUUCGACGACAUCACCGCCAAGACCACACACGGCCCUCUGGGCUUCAGAAUCGCCGGCAUGAAGGUCUACCGCGGCUCGACUACCAAGUCCGAGCUCGACGAGGAGGACUACAAGAUCUACGACAAGGACUACGGCCGUGUUCACGUCAACACCGACAACAUUGUCGAGAACUUCCGCAAGUUCAUUUUCAACAAGACUGCCGGUAUCGACGAGGAGCUGGGCAAGGCGGUUGCUCAGGCCUUCCUGCGCAACCUGCGCAACGUCGAGCGAGUCCUCUCCUCCGAGGAGAGCAGGAUGUACUCGGCCAGUCUGCUGUUCGUUUUCGAGGGCGACGGUGACAAGCUGAGGGAUGCCAUCGCGCAGAACAACGCGGUCGCUGACAAGGUCGAGGCCGCCGAGGGCGAGAAGCCUGGUAGAACUACCUCCAGAGUGGAUAGUGGCAUUGCGCUGAUCGACGAAGACCCUGCGAACGCCGAUGCGGACGAGGACGACGAGGACGACGGUCCCGCCCUGCCCAAGAUCUUCUCCCUGAAGCUCAUCGAUUUCGCCCACGCGCAGUGGACUCCCGGCCAGGGUCCCGACGAGAACACGCUCAAGGGCGUGCGCAGCCUUAUUGACAUUUUCAAGAAGCUCGUGCGAUAA